AUGGAGCUUCGGAUGGAUGAGGAGCUAGAGAUCGUGUGCCCUGGUCUAGAAGAUCCUUCAUUGUUGACGCAACAACGAAAUCAUCGAUCAAAGGACAUUUGGAAUGGCGAGGACCUGGGCCCACUUACGUGUCGUGGUCACGCUGAGGAGAUGGCAAACAUAACGAUGCAAGAUAAUCAGGUGAUUGAUAUUAUCAAGUUGGUGGGGCUAGAAGGAUUGUUUAGGACCCCUUCCAGAGAGAUUGAUUAUUGCCUAAUAUCGGUCCUAGUUGAGCGAUGGCAGCCAGAGACUCAUACGUUCCAUCUUCCACAUGGUGAGAUGUCAAUCACCCUAGAAGAUGUGGAGGUCAUUUUCGGACUUACUAUAGACGGUGAGGUCUUGGUUGGGCCGACUGCUGUGGUGGAUGGGUAUUGGAGGCAAUUGUGCGAGGAGUUGCUUGGUUUUAGAGUUCCAGCGAAUGACAACAAAAUUUUGGUGAGGCAAAGAAUUCUCAUCAGCCGCCUUGUUAAGCGCAUUGCAGAGCCACUACCUCAUGUUGUAACAGAGAUUCAGAUACAUCAGUAUGCCCGGUGCUAUAUUUUAGCGCUGCUACUAGGGGAUAAGAUUUUCAUGGACAAGUUGGGAGAUAGGGUGCAUCUAAUGUUCUUGGAGUUCCUGCAGAACCUUCGUGAUCCGCCAUAA